AUGGCUCGGAUGGUGCAGUUCGGGGGAUUGCAAGGAGAGACGCUCCCCCUCAACACGACCGGCGCGCCCUUUGGUGUUCGCGACAAGGGUGCGUUCUUGGGAAGAGGGACAAAGCCUGAGGUUUGGUCCAACAUCUGCAAGUUCACAUGUGCCAUCCAAAUGGUUGGGGGCGUGUUCCUCGGGUUGCUGUCAUCAGUAUAUUUGUUUGAUUACAUGAUGACUACUGGAAUGAUCAUUGGAGCGCUUCUGUUUGUUAUUGGAGCCAUUGGUUUCCUUGGAUCGAUGAAGAUGAACAAGGACUUUCUGAACUUCCACAUCGUUGGAGCAAUCCUCACCAUUAUGCUUUCCUUUCAAUUUACUGGACAGGUGUGGAGGGAGGUGGAAGUGGACUGUGCAUUGGCAGAGCUGUACCUCAAGAGCAAUGCAGUAGAAGAAAUCACAAGGAAAACAGCACAGAAUGAGAUGUUUGACACCAUUUACAACCGGAUCAACCAGAUGGAGGACAUGUUGGUUAUGGUGCAUGAUGGUGUCAAGAAGUCAACUGCAUUGCUGAGCGACGGCAAUCCCCUUGCUGACAUUGCUGACGACAGGGACUUUUUCCACAGCAAGUUGGACAUGCUGCACAGACAUGCAUCAGAGAUGCUGCAGGAAAUCAUGGAGAACCCAAACAUCACAAAGGAGAGUGUGGCACAGUGGAAGCCUGAACACAAGAUUGCACUGGAGCAGAAGCUCGCAUCUGCAGAAAAGGUGCUGGGUCGCAUCAAUGAGCACCGGUCAGAUGAGGCAGGACGAGGCAUAAACGCAACAGAGUACGAAGAACUCCUGCACGCGGUCACAGCUGCUUUCUUGACACCAUCCGAGCCAAACAAUCCCACUGAAAAAGACACCUCAGAACUUGCAGAGGCACACGAUGAUCUGGAAGAGACUCAGGACUCGAUCACCCGCCUUCAGUCGGCAGUCAAGAAUCUGGACGAACUCACUGAGGAUAACGAACAAGUUUCGAAGCAAUUGAAGGAGCGACGGGCUCACUGGAAUACUGAGUACAUCAAAAUUCUCCAACGCUCACGGCAGUCUCAAAGGAAUGCGCAUGUCAACACGCUGGAGAACAUGCCAGAGCAUUGUAUCAAGGAGAACACUGGCAUAGAGUACAUGGGAUUUGCUGGACUGGCGGUAGCUGUGGCCCAACUCGUGUCGAUUUAUUUUACCCUGUGCCUCCAGUUCCGAAUUCCUUUGAAAAUGGAGUAG